AUAUACAAGAAGUCCCGGGACCUGUGCGUCGGUGUAGGGGUGCGUUGAGGGCGGGGGGCGCUGGUGGCUACCGCUGGGUGCCUGCAGGGCAGUACCCUACUGCCCCCCGCCCAGAGAAAGGGUGCUUUAAAAGAGGUUUGCCUGAGGCGGGCUUUUCUUUUCUUUCUUUUUUUUUUUUUUUACUGUAUAUUUAAAGCGCAGUAUCCCCACUGAGCUCCGGGCAUCUCGUGUACGCCAGCGUGCACUUCUGUAAAGUCAAGGCAGUGCUCCCGAAAGCUGUUCCCCCCGCGCUGCAGGAGCCACAGUGCGGUUCACCAUGGUUGCGACUAGCAGCUUAAGCAGUAAAAAUUCGGCCAGCAUUUCAGAGUUGAUAGACCGUGGCUUUCCGCCUGGAAGUCUAAGUGAUUUUGACUACUGGGAUUAUGUUGUGCCAGAACCCAACCUCAGCGAGGCUGUGUUUGAGGAGACAACUUGCCAGAGCCUGGCUAAAAUGCUGGAGAAUUGCCUGUCCAAAUCCAAGCAGACCAAACUUGGCUGCUCCAAGGUUCUUGUCCCAGAGAAACUGACCAAGAGAAUAGCUCAAGAUGUAUUGCGCCUUUCUUCCCCUGAGCCCUGUGGUCUUCGAGGUUGCAUUAUCCAUGUAAACUUGGAAAUUGAAAAUGUAUGUAAGAAGCUGGAUAAGAUUGUGUGUGAUGCUAGUGUGGUGCCUACCUUUGAGCUUACGCUGGUGUUUAAGCAAGAAAAUUGUUCGUGGUCUAGUUUCAGGGACUUUUUCUUCAGUAAAGCUCGUUUCACAUCUGGUUUUAGGAGGACUCUGAUUCUCAGCCCAGGCUUUAGGCUUGUUAAAAGGAAGCUUUACUCACUGAUUGGAACAGUCAUUGAAGAGUGCUAGAAAAAUCUCUCUUGUUGAUUUAUAAUAGAUUGUACCACUGCUUGGUUUGAUGUCACUUGUAGCUUGACUGGCCUCAUCAAGAAACCCCAAAUUUAGCCCAUUUGACAUAUGUGUUCCUUAUUCAGCACAACCUCAAGUGUUUUGCUCCAAAGCAUUAAUCUUGUGGCCUGCCCAAAACAUCCCCAAGGGAGGAGUAGACGCUCUUCACUGAUUAAGGCCAUAGCCACUGAAAAAUGGGCUGGAGCAGGAGGGAACACAGUGAGCAAUCGCCUUUCAUAUGGGAAGCUGUAUUCACUCUGGCCCAUCCUUUCAGAAGCAGGCAGGCUACUCAGUAAUUAAGUAGUUGCAUCCAACCAGUCAGUCCUGAAGCUUAACUUGUUGACAACAUGAAUGACAUUUUGCUUAGUUUGUUCUUCAUGAUGGCACUUUAAAAGUUCCCCAAAAUAAUCCUUACAACUAUAUAACCUUAUUAAACGAAGCUCAGCCAGUAGAAAAACUUCUGAAAGCUCAGAAAACCAAUAUUCCUACCUUGGGUUGAAGGGUUCUUAUCCCAUGAGGUGGGAUUUUAAGUCUCUGAGCUUAGCUUAAAACUAACUCUUGGAAAGAGCUGAUUAGGAAUGUUACAGAGACAACAUGGCUCUGUCUUUUCUCUUGCCGCCUCCCCUUCACCUUCCAAGGUGUGGAGGGGGUAGCAAUCUUGUGUUAUAACCUCAACAAAUUUAUCAGUUUUACUCAGCUUUAUUUGUAAGAUACAUGCUCCAUUUUUAAAAGGUUCUAUAUUGCUUAUUAUCUUUUGAACUGGGGAGAGGUGAUAAAUAAAGCAGAGAGCAAUACAAAGAACACUGGCCCUGGGUUCAAAUCCUGCCUAUAAUGCUUAGUAACUACUCAACCUUGGGCAAAUCAUUUUAAGCUCCUUGGGCCUCAGUUUCUUCAUCUGUAAAAGGAAGAGUCAUAGUUUUAGAGUUGGAAGAGACCUUAGAGUCUAUCGAAUCUAACACCAUCACUUUAAAGAUGAGGAAACCAAGACCCGGAGAGGUUAAGAGACUUGCCUAGGGUCACAUAGCUAAUAAGUGUCUGAGGCAGGAUUUGAACUCAAAUCACUUCUGAGUCCAAAUUCAGUGCUUUAUCUGCUACAGUAUGCUCCCUCCCCUAUAGCAAUGAUGGGGGUUGGACUACAUACCUCCAUGGUCCCAUUUACUGUAAGAUCUAUGAUCAGCUUUUGUUAGAGCCCGAAUGACAGAACCAUAAUGCCAAACUGGGAGUCUGUGGCUAUAAUGGUGAUGGAUUUCAGAACCUGAGUUUCAGGAAGGCAUUGUCUGAUCCAACCUCUCUUUCAAUAGAUAUCUAACUCAGCAAUCCUUUUCCAAAUCAUUAGAUUUAGUCCUCCAUCCUUCUCCUUGGCUCAAAGAAUUAUUUGAUGGGCUUGGCUGCUUAGCUUCUUUUCAAGACUUCUUGGGCUUAAUCCUGGAUCACCUUCUCACCUGGGUGGUAUCUCUUCGUUGCUCUGACCUUCCUUAUCUCUAUAUCUCUCUACAUGAAAACACAACACCUGGGAACAACUGUUUCUGAGCACUUCUCUCCUUGAUCUCACAAGCCUCUCAAGUAACAACUGGAUCUCAACUGCUUAUUGGCUACCAUUUUAAUUAUUGGGCUCAGCAUAUUCACGUGAAGUCACCAUUGGUUAUGGAGACUUGGUUUAGUUUAGCAUCAUGAAUGUUAGCAAGAGUUUGGAUAACACAGGCAAAUACCUCGAUUUUUUUGUUUUUAAUUGUGCCAUGGCCUGAACUCUAGGCCAACUCUGUCCUCCAUCAUUCAUUAGUAAACUAAUCAUUGAUCUUCCUUAAGAAUGAAGGAUCAUUAACCAGUUUUCCUGCUGUUGGUAGAGAACUUUGGUCUUAGUAUAACAAUUUUCAGCUGUGUUCAGUGUUCAAAACUUUCAGAUGAUUUUGUAAAUUGAGAUAAAAAGAGCUCAUUCAUCCACUCUCACAUAACAAAUUUAGGGCAGCUAGGUGACCCAGGGCAUAGAGCACUAGACCUGGAGUCCGGAAGACCUGAGUUCAAAUUUGGCCUCAGACACUUCCUAGCUGUGUGACCCCAGGCAAGUCACUUAACCCUGUUUGCCCCAGUUUCCUCAUCUGUAAAAUGAGCUAAGAAGGAAAUGGCAAACCACACCAGUAUCUUUGUCAAGAUAACACAACUGAAACAACUGACAUCAACCAUACCUGAGGCAGGGGUUCUAUCUAGCACAACAAGCACAGUGUUACUCAAAAAAAAUGACUUUGAUCCAUUGUCUCAUCCCACAGGUGUCAUAAAUUGUAACUAGUUCUUUGGGAUUAGGCAGGAUUCCACCAAAUCCAAUCUGGGUAGUGUCUGGGAAUUAGACCAUUGCAAUCAAAUUAGACCAUUGCAUAUCAAAGAUAUGUUAUUGCUUGUGGCUUAAUGAGUGUUGUAUCUCUCUAAGUAUAGUGGGUCAAGUCCCCUUUGCCAGGACUUCCUCGACACGGAUGUGGAGUUUAUAUUCCAUUAAUAGCAGCUGGUUUCACUUGUAUCUUUCUGGCUUACAAGAUGGCGGCAGCUCAUGGCGGUUCUUAAAUUAAUAUUCCUGUUAAAGGAAAUUGAAGUUUGUCUAUUUUUGACAAUAAAGGAUCAUAUAUUUCUAA